AGCGCGGCAACCUGCCUGUGUUGUGAGAUCAUUGACAUUCUCAUUCCGAAUGGUAGACAACGUUAGCUUUGCAUCAUUCCUAAAAACCACGUAAAACAUCCCCAAAUUAAACAAUCCGCUCUUUAACAUGACUUACAGAAGUUCGGGAUCUAGCGCCGGACAUGUCAGCGUCUAGCCGUAGGCUAUGUAUGCUGUUGGGGCGAAACCAGCGAAUAGCGUCGAAUUCUUUACUUUACGCUGCAUAAACACAUCCUACCUGUUCGGUACGUUGGACUUGUUUCAGCUUGGCUGUCUACUUUAUACCUUACUGACGCAGCUUGGUGGCUUUCCUAUGAUAUCCUUGAAUUAACCACUAGAGGUCAAAAUGCUUUUGGAGUUUUCGGUUGCUUUUCUUUUCUUUCUCACCUCUGUUUCCUGCCAAGGAUCUGAUGUCUACCCUCAAUUUCUAGGAGAAAACAGGAAAGAACAUCUGAAGCAUGAACCUACGUACUUUGUUAUGGCUUCCAAAAUGGUGCGACCUGGUCAAGUGUACAGAGUUACAGUUAGUGUAUUUCGUACUAUGUUUCCUAUAAAUGUGAGAGCAUCUAUACAGCGUGAUGGAGUUGAACUCGCAACUGCAGUCCAAGAGCUUAAACAAAAUAUUCCAGAAACGCUUUUGCUAAAGGUUCCUACAACUAGUGUUCCCGGUGUUUACAAGCUUCGUGUAGAAGGUAAUAUCAAUGGGGUACUUGGAGGCACAGCCUUUAUCAACGAAACGCUUCUUACCUUCUCACAGAGAUCCAUGACCAUAUUCAUUCAGACAGACAGGCCAAUUUAUAAACAGGGUCAAACAGUUCGUUUCAGAGCAUUUCCCAUCACUACACAUCUGAAAGCUUUCCCCGAUGCCGUCGAUAUUUAUAUGUUAGACCCGAAUCGAACAAUUGUACGUAGAUGGCUUUCCAGGCAGACUAACCAAGGGGCUGUUAGCUUAGAAUAUCCUUUAUCUCAACAGCCAGUUUAUGGAAAAUGGACUUUGCAAGUCAUAGCUCAGGGCCAAAUUGAAGAACAGAAUUUCUUAGUGGAAGAAUAUUAUCAAACUCGUUUUGAGGUGAAUGUUACCAUGCCAUCUUUCUUUACUGACAUAGAGGAAUAUGUGUAUGGAAUUGUUGAAGCAAACUAUACUAGUGGUGUUCCUGUUACUGGAAAUUUGACAUUAGUUGCUUCUAUAGAGCCAUUGAAAAUGAAUUAUCGAGUCGGAAAUAUUCCUCCUACAAUCAAACAGCAUUAUAGGCUGUUUCAUGGAACUAUGAAUUUCAAAUUCCCCAUGAGAGAAUUUGAGAAGCUUAUACCUCAAUUGGAUAAAUCCAUCAUUACAGUAACUGCUUAUGUUGGAGAAAGGUACUUGAAUUUGAUUGAAGAAGGUUUCUCGCAAGCCAUGGUGUUCAGUUCACGCAUUAAGUUGGAAUUUCUUGGAUCCAGUCCUCAGAUUUUCAAACCUGGUAUGCCAUAUAAAGUAUAUGUUGCAGUUUUUUAUCAGGAUGGAUCUGCAUUGCCUCCCGAGCGUUUAAUAAAGAAAAAAAUUGAAGUUACUCCUACUGUGGAAUUUCGUAAUGGUGGAUCUCGACGCUUGAACACUCGAUCCGAAAAGAUGUCUUCUUUAAAUCCUGGUAUAUGGGAAAUAGAUAUUGAUCUGCAGGCAGAGUUUCCUUCUAAAGAAACUUUAAGAGACAUAAAAAUGCUGACUUUAGAGACCUAUUAUCGAGAUGAAGUCACGUCCGAAUCCGCUAGGGCCCAGCUGAGAAUUUAUGCUGCUUAUUCUUCCACAAACAGGUUCUUGCAGGUGACAACAAGUACUCGAACUCCCAAGGUCGGUGAAUAUAUCAUCUUUCAUGUACGAGCUAAUUACUAUGUCGAAUCAUUUUCGUAUGUGCUCGUGUCUAAAGGAAUAAUUUUGCUUGCUGGUCAAGAAACUAUGACAUCCAGCAUCAAAACAUUUGCAAUUUCUCUGUCACCUGAAAUGGCUCCGACAUCAACUGUUGUCAUUUACAAUGUUGCCAGAGAAGGAGAAGUUGUAGUGGAUAGUUUGACCUUUCCUGUCGAUGGAAUCUCCAGAAAUAAUUUUACUGUGGUGCUGAACAACAAAAAAGACAAAACAGGAGAAACGGUGGAAGUUGUAGUCGUAGGAAGACCGGCUUCUUAUGUUGGAUUAUCGGCUUUGGAUAAAACAUUGUUUGAUAUGAAAGGAGGAAAUGAAUUUGGACAUGCUGAAGUUUUGACAAAAAUGAGUCUUUUUGAUGAAGGUAUGAAUGGGACUUUGGCACAUCUUUGGCAGUCAAAAGAAGGCAAUUUGGAAAAUGUUGUUCAUUAUCCAGCUGCUACAUAUGGAAUAGAUGCAUAUACAACUCUGCAGUAUGCUGGUCUGAUCGUUUUUACUGAUGCAAAUAUCACUCGGCGAUUAGAUUUCUGUAAUCAGAGUUUAGGCUAUUUAAGUUGCCUGGAGGAAAAGUGCUACAGAUUUGACCAACACUGCGACGGAUAUAAAGAUUGUAAUGAUGGUUCAGAUGAAACUGGAUGCCCUGCUAAAGAUGAUAUCAGACUGAAAGAGUUCAAAAUGAAUCGUAUCAAGCGUAUUCAACGAUUGUAUGACAAUGCUUGGCUUUGGCAUGAUAUCAAUAUUGGGCCUCUGGGUUAUUAUAUUUUUAAUGUACCUGUUCCCGAAAUUCCUACACGAUGGAUGGUUAGUUCUUUUGGUAUGAAUAAUGUAGAUGGUUUUGGAAUCCAAGACAAAACAAUUGAAUUUUCUAGCGUAAAGCCUUUUUAUAUGAACGUGGAAAUGCCAACAAAAAGCAUGCAAGGAGAACAAAUUGGCAUUCGGAUAAGUGUUUUCAACUAUAUGCUGUAUGAAAUAGAGGCUCUCGUCGUAGUAGCUGAUUCUCCUGAUUACAAAUUUGUCCACGUUGAAUCAUUUGGGAAAGUUGAAUCUUAUAAACCAAGAACCUCUUUUGGAGAGCAUCAACAUUUAGUUUUCAUAAAGCCUGGCAAAGCUGUUGUUGUGUAUAUGCCUAUUGUUCCUACUCGUCUUGGUGACAUUGAUGUAACUAUAAUGACAAAAUCUCAAGUAGCUAAAGAUGUUGUGACUAGGCGAGUUCAUGUCGAGGCUGAUGGCAUACCUCAGUACAGGCAUACUACCGUGCAGCUGGACUUGAGUCAAGGAGCUUAUCUUAUUAAAUACUUGGAUACAAAUAUUACAGAAACACCGAUAGUUCCUUAUCGGCUAGACAGAUUAUACAUGUUUGGAUCAAAUCAAGCUCAGAUUUCUGUUGUUGGUGAUGUGACGGGUCCUGCAUUUGCAACUAUGCCAGUAAAUGCCAGCACUUUAUUGCGGAAACCAUCCUGGUGUGGUGAACAAAAUAUGUUUAAUUUUGCAGCUAAUUUAUAUACUUUAUUAUAUUUGAGAUUAACAGGGCAGAGACAACCUGAUAUAGAGAAGCAAGCAUUUAAGCAUUUAAACAUAGGGUACCAGAGACAAUUAAGUUAUCAACAAAAGGAUGGAUCAUUUACCCCUUUUCGCUGGAAUUCGAAACCAAGCGUGUGGUUAACAGCAUUUUGUGCAAGGAUUUUCCACAAAGCAACUUUUCAAGAAUGGGAAAACUUUCUGUAUAUUGAUCCUGAUAUUAUAUCGAAAGCUGUUAACUGGUUACUUGAUCAUCAAUUACCCAAUGGGGCUUUUUAUGAAACAACAUUUGAGCCAUUAGAUCGGAAAAUGUCCCCUACA